GUUUAAUUGGUCCUUUUGGACAGAUUGGUUUCCAUGUCCCAAACAACCCAUCCCCUUCUGCUGAGCUACAGUGGGCUGGCUAUAAGAGCUUACUCAAGCACUCACUGUUAACCAUCCGGCAACACCAAACUAUGAGGAUAUGUCAAAACACUUUUUUCCUAUUCGAGGGGGUAUUCCUAUGCAAGUUCUGACCUCAACGGCUGUCCAUGAGCACAUAUUAAACUGUAGGCUUAUUAUCUAAGGAAUACUAAAUUCAUUGUAAUUGGGUUAUACUUUAGUUUAUAAUGGCUUUUACAAUGCUUCGGCCGGUGGCAACUCACCCCUUCUCCUCCUACCCUCCUGAUCUCAACAUGAUCUCGGACGAUGAGGAGAACCGCAGCGAGAGCGACGGCAGCUCUGACCAGAGCUAUGAAUGCUGUGCCUCUUCAGAUAAGACUUGUCGGCAGCUUUCCCGCAUGGUGGGAGUCGGUGGGGUUGUUGUGGUCAAACAGCGCAACACAGCCAACGCCAGGGAGCGAGACCGGACCCAGAGCGUCAACACCGCAUUCACCGCGCUCCGGACACUCAUACCGACGGAGCCGGUGGACAGAAAGCUCUCCAAAAUUGAAACGCUCCGGUUGGCGUCCAGCUACAUCUCACACUUGGCCAACGUUCUGGUGCUUGGUGACGGGCGUGAGGAUGGGCAGCCGUGCCUGAGUGCAGUGUACCGCGCGCAAGGACAUGGAGAGAGGAAGCAACCCAGAACUAUCUGUACCUUUUGCUUGAGCAACCAGCGAAAAGGGGGGAAAGAUGGUCGGGGUUGUCUGAAAAUACGUGGAGCCAGUGCACUACGAAUGAGCCGAAAAUAGACGGCUCUCAGACAUCAAGGAUUGUUGAAUUCAAGUCAGCACCUCAGGGAAAAAAAACUCUAGCUAACACACCCACUGUACAUAUACCGACACAUAGGCCAGAAUGCCCUCCAACUUUGGGAAAAGACUGUCAAAAAGACGCGUUUCAGGAAUUUGUUUGUGUGAGAAAAGGCUACUCCUCUCUGCCGCAAUGCUGGUUAUGGAAAAUGUGAUUUUGGAGGAACAUUGUCAUAAAUUACACUUUAUUUGGUUGCCUUUUCAACAUCAUUUUGAAUUUUGCUUUAAAAUUCUAUUUUUACAUAGUUGUCCCUAGUCUUUAUUUCAGCCCCUCAAUACCAGCAAUAUUGUGGUGUUAUUUUGAUAUAACUUACAAAAUGUCUACCAACAAACAGAUUUUUUUAAAGAUAAAGUAUGUCUGGGAAUUUCCAAUACAGUUUACCUUAUCCUUCAGCAAUGCUAAGGAAUCUUUGCUAAGGAAGUGCGCGAGAUAGGGCCUUUUCAAAAUUUCUGAGAUUGGCCAACCAAAGGCCUUUUGAGCCUAAUAAGGAUAGGACAUGUCAGUGUGUGAGAAAAAAACAUGAAUCACUCUGAAACAUCACGCUCUGAAUUUGCUCUAAAAAGUUAAAGGGAAAACAGGAAAGGCAACAUGAAUGGUGUCGGUAGAUCUUUUGUCAAGACUAAUGAUUACUCAUGGAAACUAUCAAAACGUAUGGCACAUUGCUGGACCGAUGCCCAAUAUCAGGAAAAGAUGGUAUAAGCCAAAGGUAGUGAGUUGAACAAUUGGUAACACUUUAGUUAAAUCCUGCACUUUAGUUAAUGCUUUAUUACCUGUUUCUGUAAACACAUAUAGGAGCCUCUAUUAAUGUCUUAUAAUAAGGCUUAAAAAUGUCAUGUAUCUAUGAGUUAUUUUUGAGGUUGGUUCAGUUUCAGAUCGAUUAUAAAAAAAAAUGUAAUCAUGGUUUUCGAUUUCAGUUUCUAAUAUUAAGUGUUACAUUAAAUGCACUAUGCAUUAUGUGGGUUGAAUGCUGUAACACAGAAUAACACAUUUAAUACAAGUCUUUGGAUGGUUGUGACUGCCCAUUACUGCUUAUCACUUAAUUGACCAUCAUUUAUUCAGAUGAAUUUCAUAAAAUAAUUGUUUUAUUUGAUGCCUUUAUUAUUUCAGUCAUCAUCUUAUCUCUAUAGAGCAGCUGCCUCUGCAAUCUGACAAAAUCACGAUUUUAGUAGUUCUUCAAAGUAAAUAAGGCAUACUUUUAUGACUGCUGAAUAACUAUCAAUCGCUUAGAUCAUGCAUUUUCAGGCUCAUGAAGCAACUGCUUCACUUCCCUCUCGAUCGCGCGUUCUCUCUUCUGUCUCCGUGUCUGCGCCGCACAAGUUUAAAUUGAACCAACGUCGGUCAAUUAUUUGUUUAAGAACCGGAAAAUAUGUUGUUUUAAUUGCUCAGCACUACUAUAUAUGUAUCAACAUUUCCACUGACUCAAACUCAUUAUGAGAUGAUUAAAAGACAUUAUAAAGGGGUCAGUCAUGCAUUUUCAAGACAAGGUUUACAAUGAUUAUCACAUAAUGCAUUGUCUCUGUUGGCAUAAAGUAAAGUGUUACCAAUUGAACAAA